CUGGACGCCUUCUUUAGGACGCGAAUUGAAGCAAGAUGGCGGCCCCGCGGGAUGAACAUCUGUGUGCCUAGAAACAGAUGUGAGAAGCGGUUUCUCCUCACCAUAUCUUUGUUCACGUCACCUCCUAAAGAUCAUGGCUGCCGUGGUGAAAUGGGUGACAUCAAGCAGGACUGUCUGGAAACAUUUAUUUCCAAUCCAGAAUGGAACCUUAUCUAGUGUUUGUCGAAAGUCUACCUGCUCUUCUCUUCCCGAUGACUACAACUGUUCCAGGGAAUCUGAUAGUCUCGUCUGACCUCCGAGGACACCAGGAACACACAUGCAAGGUAGAGCUCGCUUUGACAUCCGAUGGCCGGACCAUAGUGUGCUACCACCCUUCUGUGGACAUCCCGUACGAACACACGAAACCUAUCCCUCAACCAGACAUUUUGUGUAAUAAUGAAGAAACACACGAACAAGUGCUGAAAACCAAAUUAGAAAUAAAAAGUGAGAAGCUUGAGCAAGGGCCCAUGAUAGAACAACUCAGCAAGGUGUUCUUCACCACGAAGCACCGCUGGUACCCUCAUGGACAGUAUCACAGACGUCGUAAGAAACCGAAUCCUCCCAGAGACAGGUGACGUCUCUUGACUUCCCAGGCAUAAGGAAGUUUCGCUGUGUGUCUUAUUUGCCAGCUGAGAAAAUGCACCUGGUGUAUUCAUUAAGAUGUUAUGUAAGACAAUAAUAAAAGUACCCCUUCAUAUUUUUAAAUGUGUACCU